AUGAACCCAAUGAGUGCGCCUGGCGGCGCUGCUCCUUUAUGGCAGGAAGCCCGUACUGCUGAAGGGAGAACCUAUUACUACAACGUUCAGACGAAAGCGACACAAUGGGCAAAACCCGCCGAGUUGAUGACGCCUGUCGAGCGGGCUUUGGCGAAUCAGCCGUGGAAAGAGUAUACUGCUGAGGGUGGGCGAAAGUACUGGUCUAAUUCGGAGACCAAGCAGAGUACAUGGGAAAUGCCAGAGGUGUACAAAAAUGCGUUGGCGCAGGCUCAGGCGGCGCAGCCUCCACCUGCCGCGGCCCCAACGUUCGUUGCCGGCGGAGUUAGCUCAUUCUCUUCCUACCCCCAAACGCGUGAUCGCGAUGACUAUGACCGAGGAUACAACGAUACCCGUGGAGGCUUUGGUGCUGGCGAUGUCAAUGGCAUUGCAGCUGGUUCCAUGCUAGGAGCAACACAAGAACCGGACUAUGGAUCUCUGGAAGAAGCCGAGGGAGCAUUCAUGAAGAUGCUCAAGCGCCACAAUGUCCAGCCUGACUGGACAUGGGAGCAAACCAUGCGCGAAACUAUCAAAGACUCCCAGUACCGCGCUCUCAAAGACCCCAGAGACCGCAAGGCAGCCUUCGAGAAAUAUGCGGUCGAGGUUCGCUUGCAGGAAAAAGACCGAGCGAAAGAGAGAUUCGCUAAGCUCAGAGCAGAUUUCAAUACUAUGUUGAAACGUCACCCUGAAAUUAAGCAUUAUAGCCGAUGGAAGACAAUCCGUCCCAUCAUCGAAGGCGAGACCAUCUUCAGGUCGACCAAUGAUGAAAAUGAACGGCGACAGCUCUUCGAGGAAUACAUUGUAGAACUCAAAAAGGAGCAUGUUGAACAGGAGGCUGCAGUGCGCAAGGCUGCCAUGGAUGAUCUUGUUACAAUCUUAAAGUCCUUGGACCUUGAGCCCUACACCCGAUGGUCCGAGGCUCAAAACAUCAUCCAAUCAAACGAGAGAGUUCAAAAUGAGGAUAAGUUCAAGACCCUCAGCAAGUCGGACAUUUUGACCGCGUUCGAGAACCAUAUCAAGUCUCUUGAGCGCGCCUUCAACGAUGCCCGUCAGCAGCAGAAAGCGGCGAAGGCCAGGAAGGAACGCCAUGCGCGUGAACAGUUUAUUGACUUGCUCAAGGAAUUGAGGUCCAAGGGCGUUAUCAAAGCUGGCAGUAAGUGGUCUAAUAUUUACCCAUCGAUACGCGAAGACCCUCGCUACCUUGGUAUCCUUGGACACUCUGGCUCGUCUCCUUUGGAUCUCUUCUGGGAUGUGAUUGAAGAGGAAGAACGGACUCUACGCGGACCACGCAAUGAUGUCUUAGACGUCCUUGAUGAUAAACGAUUUGACGUUACUUCCAAAACCAGCUUCGAUGAGUUCAAUGACAUUGUACUCUCAGACCGCCGGACGGCAAAUAUUGACCCUGAUAUUCUUCAGGUCAUCUUCCAACGCAUUCAGGAGAAGGCCUUCCGUCGCAAUGAAGAAGAAAAGCAUGCCGCAGAUCGCCAUCAAAGACGUGCUAUUGACGCUCUGCGCUCACGGCUGAAGCGCCUGGAACCUCCUCUCCGGUCAACCGACACAUGGGACCAGGUGAAACCCAGACUGGAGAAAUACGAGGAAUAUAGGUCCCUUGAAUCUGACGAUCUCCGCCAAACCGCCUUCGAGAAGGUCAUCCGCCGCCUAAAAGAGAAAGAAGAAGACGCAGAAAGGGACCGUGAAUCACGCGACAGAGACCGGGGCAGUCGCCGUGACCGUGACCGUGAUCGUGACUACCGCAGCGGCACCUCAUACCGAGGCGAACGACGAAGGCCUUCCAGUCGUCAAAGCCGGACUCCCGAACCAGACGCCUACGAAGCCGAUCGCCGAAAGGCCCAAGCCGAUCGCGAACGGUCCUACCGAAAGACUAGCGGUCUGUCACCCGUUCGGGAGAGAUGGGACGAGCGCGACCGCGACAGGGAUCGUCGAGAUCAUGACCGCGAGAGAAGCAGCCGCCCUUACGAUCGCGAGCGCCGUGAUCGUGAAGACGAGCGGGAACGCCUCUAUCGAACACGCGGUGACCCACGCGGCAGUCGCGACGAGCUCGACUACGGCGGCGAUACCCGAAGCGUUGUUAGCAAUGACCGCAGGCGUAGACGCGAUAGCGACACGGAGAGCGUUGCGAGUCGCUCCGCCAAGCGUCACAGGCGUGAUAGUCGUGAUCGUAGCAACGGCGCUCGAAAGGAUAGAGAGCGUCGAGAGCGGACGCCUACCGUUACAGAUGAAGCGAAAGAGGAAAAGGCUGUGCACUCUGGUAGCGAGGAGGGUGAGAUUGAGGAGGAGUAA